AUGGAGAAGGAUACAUUCCACGGAUUGGAUAAAAUGGAUCAGCAUUAUGAAUAUUUUAAGGCUCUUGAUAGCUACUGCCCAAUUGCCUUCCAGCAGGCUUUACCUAGCAGCAUCCCUGCUAAAAAAACUAAAAUCACUAUAGUAAAAACCUUCAAUGCCUCAGGAAUCAGACCUCAGAAGCAUAUCUGCAAUUUGUCAUCUAUUUGCAAUGACUCAGCAUUUUUUAGGGGUGAAAUAACAUUUCAGUUUGGUGAAGAAAGCAACAUUACCCAGAAUCAACAUAGAGCUAAUGGCACCUUAAAUGGAAUCCUGUCUCUGAGUGAAUUGAAACGUUCAGAGCUCAACACAACCCUGCAAGCCCUAAGCCAGACUUAUUUUAUAGUGUGUGCUACUGAAGAGGCCCAAAGCACACAAAAUUGUACAUUUACAAUAAGAUUGAAUAAGACAAUGAAUGUAUGUGCCAUAAUGGUUGCUUUGAAAGGAGUAAAGAUUCAACGCAUGGAACAAUGCUGUUGUUCUGCCAAGACACCUUGCCCUUCCUCCCCAGAAGACCUAGAAAAGCUGCAAUGUGAUCUGCAGCAGUCUGUCGUCUGUCUUGCUGAUCAACCACACGAUCCACCAUUGGCUUCUUCCAGCAAGCCCUUCCUAGUUGGACCUCAUGCCACCAUUCGUUCCCAAGUCUCUAGUGCUGUUUCUUUGCCUGAGCCCCUGGAUAAUCCACUGGUCACUCAGAAAGCUCACUCUGCUACAGGAAAGGGUCACCUCCCCUCUCCUCAGCCUUCAGCUUCCAUAGUUUCCAACCCUUCCAUUGAUAUAUCCCCCCAGUCUGGAACUAACUCUUCCCCUGUGCUACAGACUGAUCUUUCCCACACCCUACCAUCUGCAAAUUCCUCGCUUUCCUCUCCUGCCACAGAUGCAUCUACAAAUGUCAUCAGUGCAGUGCCUGAAAGCACAGAAACCGUCAACAUCACCACUAUUUUUGAUCUUGAGAACCAAGUAUCUGAGAUGGAGAAGGCUCUGUCCUUGGGCAACUUGGAGCCUGACAGUGCGGGAGAAAUGAUAAACCAAGUCAGCAAACUCCUUUGCUCCCCACUCACCCUGCUGGCACCUCUGGCUCAAAGAUUGCUGAAAGUAGUGGAUGACAUUGGUUUACAAUUGAAUUUUUCAAGCAAGAAUAUAAGUCUGACCUCUGCUUCAUUGGCUUUGGCUGUGGUCAGAGUGAACACCAGUAAUUUUGACACGACCACCUUUGCAGCCCAGGACUCUGAAAAUCUUUUGGUUUCCCUGGAAACUCAAGCUCCUGAGAACAGCAUUGGCAUUAUUACUCUGCCUUCAUCACUGAUGAGUGCUGUACCAGCUAAUGAUGUGGGGCUCGCUUCCAGAAUUCAGUUUAACUUUUUUGAAACACCUGCCCUGUUUCAGGAUCCCUCCUUGGAGAACCUGUCUCUGAUCAGCUAUGUCAUAUCAUCGAGUGUUGCCAAUCUGACCAUCAGGAACCUGACAAGCAACGUGACAGUCACGUUAAAGCACAUUCAUCAAAGCCAGGAUGCCCCAAGUGUGAGCUGUGUCUUUUGGGACUUGGACAAAAAUGAUGGCAGAGGAGGCUGGUCAAACGAUGGCUGCUCCGUCAAAGACAGGAAGCAGAAUGAAACCAUCUGUACUUGCAGUCACCUGACAAGCUUUGGCGUGUUGUUGGACCUGUCGCGGACAUCCUUGCCACCUGCUCAAAUGAUGGCUCUGACGUUUAUCACAUAUAUCGGUUGUGGGCUUUCAUCUGUUUUUCUGUCAGUUACUCUUGUGACCUACAUAGCCUUUGAAAAGAUCCGGAGGGAUUAUCCUUCCAAAAUUCUCAUCCAGCUGUGUGCUGCUUUGCUCCUGCUGAACCUGGUCUUCCUCCUGGAUUCAUGGAUCGCUCUCUACAACAGUCGAGGCCUCUGCAUCUCAGUGGCUGUGUUUCUUCACUACUUUCUCUUGGUUUCAUUCACAUGGAUGGGCCUGGAAGCAUUCCACAUGUACCUGGCCCUUGUCAAGGUGUUCAACACCUACAUCCGAAAAUACAUCCUUAAAUUCUGUGUGGUUGGUUGGGGGAUGCCAGCUGUGAUCGUGUCCAUUGUCCUGACUAUAUCUGCAGAUAACUAUGGGCUUGCAUCCUAUGGGAAGUUCCCCAACGGAUCGCCUGAUGACUUUUGCUGGAUCAACAGCAAUGUGGUGUUCUAUAUCACAGUUGUAGGAUAUUUCUGUGUGAUUUUUCUGCUGAACAUCAGCAUGUUCAUCGUGGUCCUGGUUCAGCUUUGUCGCAUUAAAAAGAAGAAGCAGCUGGGAGCCCAGAGAAAAACCAGCAUUCAAGACCUCAGGAGUAUCGCUGGCCUCACAUUUCUCCUAGGCAUUACUUGGGGCUUUGCCUUCUUUGCCUGGGGACCAGUUAAUGUCGCCUUCAUGUAUCUCUUUGCCAUCUUUAAUACUUUGCAAGGAUUUUUCAUAUUCAUCUUUUACUGUGUAGCAAAAGAGAACGUCAGGAAGCAGUGGAGGCGAUAUCUGUGUUGUGGCAGAUUGCGACUGGCUGAAAAUUCUGACUGGAGUAAAACUGCUACUAAUGGUUUAAAGAAGCAGACUGUAAACCAAGGAGUAUCCAGCUCUUCAAAUUCCUUACAAUCAAACAGUAACUCCACUAACUCCACCACACUGCUAGUGAAUAAUGAUUGCUCAGUACACGCAAGCGGGAAUGGGAAUGCUUCCACGGAAAAGAAUGGGGUUUCUUUCAGUGUUCAGAAUGGAGACGUGUGCCUUCACGAUUUCACUGGCAAACAGCACCUGUGUAAUGAGAAAGAAGAUUCCGGCAGUGGUAAAAACCGGAUGACUCUUAGAAGGACUUCGAAGAGGGGAAGCUUACCCUUCAUUGAGCAAAUGUGA